AUGGGCUCGACGGCGACAACUUGCCGUGCCACUGCACCUUCAAGCUACGAUCUCGAUAGUCUUCAACAGCAGCUCCAAGACAUGAACAUGCACACAGAACAGACUGCAUAUUCGUCAUCACAAACUCGGGCCAACAGCCGUUCUCAACAACCCAGCAGCGAUGCAGCAGGAGCCCGCCUCGACCAAUUCCGUAUCACACUCUACCUCAGCCUCAUCCCGCGACACUUAAUUCCAAUGCACCUCUUCACAAUCGACCCGCGCACUGGUUACAGUCUCCGCAAGUCAAGUGAUCGAACGGUUCAAUUUCUACACCGUCUCGAGGAACUGUGGGAAGUCGCCGACUUCUGUGAGGAAAUCGUACUCGAAGCUCUUGUACGAAGCGUCUCAGGACGACAGCAGCGGUGGGGAGGUGAGAGCGAGUUGACAGGCAUGGACUUGGAGAGCGCGAGGGAGAUGGUUUGCGGAGGUGCUUCGGGAGCAUGGAAUCCUGUUCUUCGAAAUACCAUCCCUUCUCUUUCAAAAUCUUCAGGAACCCCUUCAAUUGAUCUUCUCUUUCCUACAGCAGUGAAACCUCCUCAACGCCCAGCAACAACCAAUUAUGACGGCGACCGUCGUUGCAACGACGACGACGACGACGACAUGAACGCGAAGACGGCAUCCAUUACACAGGACGUAAACGACAGAACUAUUCGGGCUUCAGGUCCGGGGAGUUUGGGAGUUAUCAUUGGGGAUUCGUACGUUGCCAUCGUUUAUCCUAUGUCUUAUCUGCUACUUCUUACUACCGUUCGUACCUUUUACUUCCGAAUCUACCUCGUUUGGUUCUUCGCCGCUCUUGCUUGUAUCCUUCAAUUACACGCUACCUUUCUCGUCCUAUCCUAUGCUCGCGAGAAGGAGGAGGCGGACUCAGCUUAUCUUUCGCAGGAGUGUGUGAUAAAUUCCCUGCCUACUCUCGCAGUGUUCUUAUGCCCUUUAUCCUUCGCUCCAGUUCUUGCACUUCCAUAUCCCGUCGAUAGAAGAAAAUAG